ACAGCUAAGUGACGGUGAGCUUUUACAAUGAGAAAGCCUCUUUGUGCGCAUAACCUAUAUAAGAGAUUUCUGCUGCGGAUUCUUUCUUUGAAAUAAUGUCGGCUGAAUAUGAUAACAGAGACAAUGGCCCUGAAGGCAUGGAGCCAGAUGGGAUCAUUGAGAGCAAUUGGAACCAGAUUGUGGAUAGUUUUGAUGAGAUGAAUCUACGGGAGACCCUGCUCAGGGGAAUUUAUGCCUAUGGUUUUGAGAAACCUUCAGCUAUCCAGCAAAGGGCCAUUAUGCCUUGUAUCAAGGGUUACGAUGUGAUUGCUCAGGCCCAAUCUGGCACUGGGAAGACUGCCACCUUUGCCAUUUCCAUCCUUCAGCAGAUUGAUGUGGAGCUGAAAGGCACUCAGGCUCUGGUCUUGGCUCCCACCAGGGAGUUGGCUCAGCAGAUUCAGAAAGUGGUCCUUGCCCUGGGUGACUACAUGGGCGCCAGCUGCUAUGCCUGCAUCGGAGGGACCAACAUCCGCAGUGAGGUCCAGAAACUGCAGGCUGAAGCCCCACACAUCGUGGUGGGAACUCCCGGCCGCGUCUUUGACAUGCUAACUCGCAAAAACCUUUCUUCUAAAUACAUCAAAAUGUUUGUGUUGGACGAGGCUGAUGAGAUGCUUAGUCGAGGAUUCAAGGAUCAGAUCUACGAGAUCUUCCAGAAGCUGUCGAGCAACAUCCAGGUUGUCCUACUGUCUGCCACCAUGCCAGCCGAUGUUUUGGAGGUCACAAAGAAGUUUAUGCGUGAGCCUAUCAGAAUCCUCGUGAAGAAGGAGGAGCUGACACUUGAGGGCAUCCGCCAGUUUUACAUCAAUGUGGAAAAAGAGGAAUGGAAGCUGGAUACCUUGUGUGACUUGUACGAAACCUUGACCAUCACACAAGCUGUGAUCUUCAUCAACACAAGGAGAAAAGUGGACUGGCUUACUGAGAAGAUGCAUGCCAGAGACUUCACAGUUUCUGCUCUGCACGGUGACAUGGACCAGAAAGAGAGAGACCUGAUCAUGAGGGAGUUCCGCUCGGGCUCCAGUCGAGUCCUUAUUACCACUGACCUGUUGGCCAGAGGUAUUGAUGUUCAGCAGGUUUCCCUUGUCAUCAACUACGACCUGCCAACCAACAGGGAAAACUACAUCCACAGGAUCGGUCGGGGAGGUCGUUUCGGCAGAAAGGGAGUAGCCAUUAACAUGAUAACUGAGGAUGACAAGCGAACACUGAGGGACAUUGAGACAUUCUACAACACCACCGUGGAGGAGAUGCCCAUGAACGUGGCCGAUCUGAUCUAGAAGACUCCCCGCUUCUGUUUGUCCACCCAUAUCCGAUUGUUUUAGAAGUAAAAGCUUGUUUCCUACAAUACGAAUACUAAAAACUUCCUUUUCUAAAUUCCACCCUGAAUUUACUCUUUCAGCAUUUGACAUGAUUUUGGAAGAAUAACUUGCUGACCCGCUCCAUCUGCCAUUGUCUUUUAUCGACCCUGAAAUUCUCCCAGCGGUUAAAUACUCUGCUUCACGCCAGAACUGUUUCCAAAAGCACAUUUAAAGUCCAGUGAUGACAUUAUACUUGCUGAUUGUUGGCAAAGAGACACUGUUGAUUUGAAGCUUGUGUGAGAUUUGACUGUUUGCAGCGUCGGUCGGCUGACCCGAGCAGUCUGGACUCGACGGUGUUCUGAAUGAACCGCGGUGUGAUUGACUAGCUCAGUAUUUAAACAAUCUUCAGUGUAUUUGCACAACGUUCAUCGCACGCCCACGAUCAUGUUUACAGCAGUCUUUGGGUUCUGGAAGUAAACGGGACAUGAUCAAUAAAAUGAGCUGUACAGUGGCUGACCAAUUUGAUCCUCUUUACUGCUGUGCUUUUUCUGCUUUUCCUCCUCUCCCGUUCGGGCCUGUUCAGCCAUUUGUACAGUAGAGUUCAGAUGAGGAGUGCUUGCAGGCAGAAACGGUGAGUUGUAGCGAUUUGGCCUCCUGACCCAGAUCCAAGCGGGUUUUUGUUUUUUGUUUGUUCCCCCCCACCCUCCAUCUCCAGUUUGUUGAGAUUGGAUAAUUUUUUUUUUUUUUUUUUUUUUAAACAGGAAAUAAGAUUUCAAAAGGUUGUGGUCAUGUUUUGUAACCUACCUCAUCCAAAUCUUAUAGGUGAAUGGGGAGUGUCAUCUGGACCAAACUACAAAUAUAAAAGUAUAUAGAGAUUUUUAUCUUGCUUUCCACUCCACCAAAAGUUUCUAAGCUCUCGUAUUAUCUCAUGAGGUGUGUGCUAUCAGUGCUAAUAUUUUUUUUUUUUUUUCUCCAUGUAUGGAUUGUUCCCCUCCCCCUCUCCUUUUUUUUUUUUUUUUUUUUUUUUUUUUUGAGACAGUGUAUCAGGUUUUCUACAUUGGAUACUGUAUAGUAUUUAUUUUAUUGGUCUUUAAAAGAAAAACAAUAAAAACAUUCUUUUCUUUUUUCUUUUUUUUAAGCUGUAAAGCAGCCCUCUGUUGGCCAAAUCCUGUGUGGUGUCUACUUUUGUGGCAAACCUCACUCAGUGAGGUGGGCGAUGGAGUGGAGCAGUCAUUGUUAGAGCUGGAACUCUUAUAAUAGUCACAUCUUCAGACACGUUUGUGUCAGUGUCUCUAUUGCAUUUUCCAUCAUUUAUUUUCCCCUUGUCUUUUUUUCCCUCCCAAUUAAAGAGCUCAUAAAGAGCUGAAUCUUCAUUAAAAAGAGUCACAGCUCUGAGACAACAGAAGCAUUAUAGGACUGAAUUAAUUUGCUUUUAUUCAGAUAUUUGAUGUUUGUGUGAAAAGGUGUGGAAGCCUGACCCACACGACCGUGGGUGCCGCAGCUAAAGACCGUACCAGUUUACUGAGGCCACGGCUGGUUGAUGGACUCUUGCAUAGAGUGCAAUUCUUCAUAAUAAAGUACUAAACAUGUAACGCCAUAAGGCAUGUCUAUGAUAAGGUAAAGAUACACGUGUGCAUUUGUAAUAAAGCUGGAAUAUAAAA